AUGGGAUACUCCCUCCCCCCAAGCAAGAACGAUCAAGAGGACAUGCCUCGUGGCGCGAUGCGUAUCCUCAACGCGGGCAAGGUCCAGGCUGCGUUCCGCGCCUCUGGACGUACCACAAGCGAAGAUACUGGCGAGCGUAAACGAUCUCACGAAGAGACCAACACGCCAAAUAAGCGGCGUAAAGAGAAAGAAGAGCUGCCCAAGAUUGCACCACACGAGUCGUUGGGCGAGUACAAUCGCCGUGUGGAGGCUCUGUUGCGCGACGGCGUGAGCGGGGCUAUCAAGAAGGCUGAGGCGGCAAAGGGAGCUGCUAAGAGUGUGGCCGAGGAGGAGAAGAAGGCCCGGAUUGCCAAGGCGCAGGGCAAGAAGGAGGCGGAGAAGAAGGAAGAGGGGGAGGUGCGGUUCAACAAACCCGAGAAGGCUUUUAAGGAGGUUGAGCGGCGGCGGCUCAAUGAUAUUGUGCAGGCUCCCCCUUCUCUUCCUAGGUUACGGAUGGCCGACAAGGCGCAGAAGAAGGCUGGGACCAAGAGCGAGCGCAAUCCCCUCAAUGCUGGGCAGAGGCGGAUUAUGGAGGCCGAGCGCGAGAGAGUCGUCGCCCUGUACCGCGACAUGAAGGCUAAGAAGGAGGCUGAGAGGGCAAAAUAG